AUAUAAUUCACUCGUUUUCUUCUAAGCGUUGCUUGGGGUUUUAAUAUUUGCUAAAAAUAUACAUAUACACAUACAAAAAUAUACAGUAUUAUCUGAUACAUAUAGUUUUAAUCUGCCUAGAAUACAGGCCACAUAGUUUUGAGAAAUACAUCAUUUGAAAAGGAAAAUUUAAAAAGACCGCACCGAUUGUUCAAAACAACGGAGAUUAAAGUCUCGAAUCUGUUUCGUAUUCUCGUUAUGUGUUAUCCUUCUUCGCCGCGACGAAUCUAAGCACUGUUCGCAUCAAGGCACAAAAUUGUGAGGAGUAUAAUAGAAUUAACGCCCUGUCUGUUUUUCUGGGAAAGACAGAACGGGAAGAACAGGAAAAGGCACUGCCAGAGCCCGUGAUCAAAUCGAAAGGCAAAUUAAUCGGCGUUCUCUCCGGAACGAAGUAGGCGAAAGAGAUUGUACGCGUUUAAACAUGUGCACAAUUACAUCUGACACGAAUUAAUUUUCAGUAUUACAAAAAAAUCGUACGAUCCAAGGAAAACCAAAGAAACAGCUGAUUUAGAUGAUUUCCUGUUAGACAAGAAUGGAAAUAAGCGGUGCUCAGAAAAAUAUACUUGCAUGGAUAUUUAUGCAAAGUAAAAUGUAUUUUUUUACUCUUGCAUAUUUUUGUGUAUCUAAAAAUCUUUCAUUUAUACAGAACACGUUUUACUAAAGUCAAUGGCGAGAAAUUGUUACGGGAUCCGAAAGCGCACGGCGAUCAAAGGAGCAAUCUUAAUAAAUUGAACGGCAACCGAAAAUUACAAGUUGAUGGUUCGAAAACUAAAGCAAAACCAAACAAAGAUAUCAUGGGAGCUAAAGUAAAGCGCGAUAUUGUACGUUUCUUCUUCAUUUAAAAAUUUAUUCAAAUGCAUUCAGAUCUAAAUUGUAUGAGUGAUAUCUAAUCGCUAAAAAUAUGAUUUGCAUUUUAAGUAGCAGAAUGAUAACGAUGUAGUGACAUUUAAACCAAAAUAGACGUCAGUACAUCGUUCUUUAAUGUCGCUUCGUUACUUGUGAUUGUUAUAAUGAAAUCUCUUCUGAUUUAUUCCAAAAAUGCUGCUCAAAUUUCAUACAAAAUUAUUCAUGUUAAUUGCUAAUAUUUUUCCGAGAUAGAUAGCGGAAAACAUAACGAAGCAGGGGAAAAAAUUACAAGCAACAGCCGUAAAAAGAAUUCCAGCGACGAGCAAUUUCGUCUAUGAAUUUAAUCCGUUCGUCAAUGUCACUAAUUCACAGUCACGUCCAUUAAUGUCACAGACUGAUUUGUGGCGUAAGAAUAACUCUGAACAACCAUUGCCCUAUUCUGAGACAGGUGUGGAAUUAAUUGAAACAUUCAAAACGUUACACCUCUUUGCAUUGUACUGAUUAUUUGAAUUUUUAAGACUUGCAUAAUCGACAGAAAUGACGAAAAUACUUUAACGUUAAUCAAUAAGAAAUGUUCAACUAUUCCAAAGAUAUAUUUUUCGUGCAUGUUAAUAUUCAUUAAUUAUACGUAGAUACGAUAUCAGUUGUCAAAUCCAAGUCAAGUCAUGUGAACCUCGUGAAACGAAAAGCGCCCGCUAUCCUGCCGGAAUUGAAUUCGCGUAUCGAUUUCGCAAUAGUCGAUUCAAAUGUAGCGAGUUCUUCAACGAAAAAUACGUGUCUACCGGUACUUCGCAAAGAGGAUUCGACAAGCAUGCCAAAUGAACAAGUUGACAAAGAGUAUGAGCAAGGAGAUACAGAUCACGAGGUGGAGAACGUGAAGUCUGCGUGGCAAGCGUUACGAGGGGAGAAAGACUGGACGAAGGGCAAGGACCGCAUCGACAAUGCCCGUACGAAAAAAUUGUACGAAAUACUGAAGAGGAUGACGUCUGAGGUAGACAGAGUUCAAAAGAGUUACAUAAAUCCCAAGGCGAAUUAUUACUUGCACAAAAGCGCGACCAACGUUCUCGGAAUGCAUAGAAAGCCGAGUUUACAGGAGGAGGCUGAAAUUAUAAGAAGCGCAAUCUUUCCCGAUAGAAAGGCGAAGGCGAAAUCGGUGGUCUCUCAUCUGGCAAACGUCGAUAGCGAAAUAAUUGAUAGGAACGUAGCGCGGAUACGAUUCAACGAUGCUGCGGAAGAUGAACAACCGCACAAGAAUCUCCCGUCGUCGAAAUAUAGCGCGAAAAGGCGAUCUGUACACGUUAAACCGCACGAUAAUGAUCUCACCAAUGACGUCGGAUCAGUCCAUGCAAUUGCGAAUACUAGUAAUAAAAAGGAAGACGUUACGAUUAUAAUGAAGCCAACGGUUGCAGACAGUAGCAAUAAGACAAGGGCGAGGAUCAAAUCGUCUAUCGAGGAAUAUCUGCAACGUUACGCCGAUAAUAUUCAUGCAUCACGCAAGUUUUUCCAGGAAAAAAAAGAUGGAUGUCCACGAUACCAAGAUGUGGAAGCAUCGGCGGAUGACAUCGCGGAUAUCCUGGCGAGUCACGGUAUCGAAUCGCACGCGUUGUACGAAAAUUUCGAAAAACACAGCGACGAUUCGGAAGUUUACGAUGAAGAUCGCUUUUCCUCAAAUAUCGCAACUAACGUCACGUGUACGACGUCCGUUGAUGCUAUCCAAGAAAAUAGACAGACUUGUGAUAAUAAGGCCCUCGAGUGCACGGGAUUAUGUAACGAUACGCGACCAACGAAAGCGAUUGAUACGAAAUCUGUCGAUACUCGCGGACAGUCGAGCGUAACAAAUUAUCAAGAUAACGCCUUUAUUAAAUUGGGAUUAAAUGAAAAUUUAUCGAAAGACACGCUGUCGCAAAUACUGCAGUCGGAAUACUUGAGAAAAGACUUAUCUUUGUAAUCUGUUUUGUAAUACUCGCUGUACGACAGAUGUAAUGUACGUUAUUAAUAUAUUUUUUAUUCUCUUAAA